GAGAGAAUAGAUAAUCGAUCGAGACUUGCCUUGUGCUUUACACGUAACUUUGGAUAAUUUCGCAAUUAUUAUUAUUACUAUUAUUCGCAUCAGUCACGCUACGACUAUAUCUAGCACUACAAAGAGGGGAGAAAAAGGUUCUCGUUGUAAUCGAGCGCAUAUACGAUUUGACAUUCAUGGAAAGAUGACUGUGCUUAAGAGUCGAUACUAUAAUGUUAAUCGAAUUCUUUUAUUGGUAUGGGGUUUGUGGCCUUAUCAAAAUAAAUUUCGGUAUGCACGGGCCGUGUUUACAUUAGGAAUAUUUGUCGCCUUCGUUGUUUAUCAGUCUAUGUUAAUGUUUAUUGCCGAGUAUAAUUUUAAGCUAGCAUUGAAGAUCUGUUCGGAUAUCUUCCCUGCUAUUUUGUGUAUACUACAAUUCAUUGCCUUUUUAAUUAAACCGAUAGAAGUGAAAAAAUUAUUAAACCAAAUUUGCGAAGAAUGGAGUGCACUAAAAGAUUCAAGGGAAAUUGAGAUAGCAAAACAAUACGGAAUGUUUACGCGGCGACUCACAGAGGCCUUACUUUAUAAAUGUUUCUUUUGCAAAUUCAGGUAUUUUUCAGUGUGUGCCUUAUUAUGCUGGAUUUUUCUGGUGCUAAUGCAUUUUGUUCCAAUUAUCAAUAAUUCUGCAGUAACCAAUGAAUCUUUCUUACAAGAUGAUGUCUUGAUGCAACAAUUUGAAAAAAAAUAUCUCUUUAAAGAAAGAUAUGCCUACUUAUUUUUCGUAAUUGUUUUCGUGGGUGUUUUUGUGAUGACAAGUACUACAUCAAUGGUUCUAGCUUACAUGCGACAUAUUUGUGCAAUGUUAAAAAUUUGCUGCUAUCGUAUCGAACGUUCGUUGGAUGGAAACAUUUCACAUAUGUCAAUUUCUCAAAAGAAUCGCUUGAUGCAUCAGAAGUUAAUUAGCGCCGUAAACAUUCAGCGUAGAGCUAUGGAGUUCACACAACGUGCCUUAGACAGCUUUAAAGAGUCCUACUUCUUUUUAAUUGGGAUAGGCGUAAUUUCAUUAGCCAUUAAUAUGUUAAAUGCACUAGAAGCUGCAUUAAUUGCAAAUAACGCAAAUGAGCUGGCAAUAUCUACUUUCUAUGUCAUUAUCCAUUUUCUUUACAUUUUCAUAGGAAAUUAUGGUGGGCAGACAAUUACAGAUCAUAGUGCAGCUGUAUUAAAAAAUUUAUAUCAUGUACAAUGGUAUGUAGCACCUUUACAAGUGCAAAAAUUAAUUCUUUUCUUAAUGCUAAGAAAUACAAAACAUUUCGGUUUAGUCAUUGGAGGAAUAUAUGUUGCGUCGUUAGAAGGUUUUAUCACGGUGAGAAAAUGCUUAAUAAAUCAGUGCAAGCAUUUUAUUAAUUGCAUAAAACAAUCUUGCAUGCUGUACAUUCUAUAUUAAUCUCUCGUGCAAUGUCACGAUUUUAUUUCUUGUAAGAAAUAUAUAUUUAGCUUUAAAAAAUAAUAUAUGUGUAUAGAAAUAAUA